AUAAGAACGGUCUUCGUUUGUUUGUACACAAGCAUGUCGAUGUGACAGAGGUAAUCUCGCACCACAACCAAAAUGGUCGGUUUAUUCAUAUACUCAGUGUUGUUUUCAUUGGUAACCAGUGCGACUCUGAAAACAACAGUCUACAUUCCAUACAAAGAUGGCUACGUAUACGAAGACCUUGGGCACAGAUUCAUAAUUUCGGAUACACACGGCGGGUGCUAUUUCUGGCCAAUGACAAAAGAGGAAGCUCGAGAUGGGUUAACGCCGUCAGCAUUACGAGCAGCAGAGGCUAUAUUCUUUCAAGCCCUUGAGAAAGGGGUGAACCUGUACCCGCUGAGUCGCCACAACAUCAACCACUUAGCAGCCCACGUGGUCAGCGCGUGUUUGAGGAAGAAGAAAUACCUUGUGGACAGAGAUGGCAACGGAUUCACUGAUCUGUCCAAGGUCAAACUCCAGGGUUCUCUUCCGGUUAAUAUGACUGUCAUACUUGGUAGGACGGCACUGGUUGGCUGACCAAGAACCAGACGACAGCUUUCCAUCCACCACAAUCAGUUUUUAUUAUUAAUACUUUCUGUCAAGAAAUAUAUGGCUUAAAUCUAUUGCCAGGUAUUAAUUAUGCAGUGGAUAUAUUUACAAAAAACAACAACAAAAACCAGCAGUUUAUUAAUUAUGCAGUGCAUGGUUACAUUUACAAGAAAAACACAGCAUUGACGGUUUCAAAUUGGAUACGGUAGAAUUUCCUAGAAAAAACACAGCAUUGACGGUUUCAGAUUUGUACGGAAGAAGAUUCUGUGAUGUAAACAAUUGCCGUUAUAAUAAAAUUGAUAAAAAUUUAAA